UGGAUCUGGCUCUUGGGUCAUGGUAAAUAUAUAUAUAUCUGGUUAUUUUUUAUUGUAGAAAGACGAAAAAGUGGGGCCCCAACAAAAAUACAGUUUCUUGGCUUAUUGUUUUUCUUGUAAUACAUACCCUAACCUCGUACAUUAUUCUUCUUUGAAGGAAAUGGCCAUCGAACAUCCCAACGCACACGUCACAGGCAUUGACAUGGCGGACAUGUUCCCUACAGCAAUCCGGCCGGAAAACGUCUCGUUCCAACUCACAAACAUCAUCGACGGGUUACCGUACGACGACAACACAUUUGAUUUUGUGCAUAUGCGGCAACUUGUUGUAGGCCUACGUGCAACCGAGUGGCCAAGCGUGCUUGCAGAGAUCUUUCGGGUCCUUAAACCAGGCGGACUUGUCCAGUUGGUCGAGUCGGAUUUCACGGAAAUGGGACAGAGCCAAUUGAUCGAUGCAGUGCUAACUACGUUACAUCGAGCCAUGCAGGACCGGGGUCAGGAUCCAUGGAUAGCAUCCAAGCUGCAAAACCUUCUGUCGGACACAACGUUCAACGAUGUCCAACAAGAAACGAGAUCGAUUGAAUUUGGCAAAGACGGCGAUCCGAUUGCAGGCGAGCUGCUGUGGUCGUGGAAAAGCGCCAUGCGGUCACUCAAGCCGUUCCUCGCACACAGGCUGCUGAAGAAUCCAGACGAGUACAGCCCCGUCCUGGAAAGAUACUUUCACGAAUGUACACAUUACCAUUGGCAUAUGAAGAUCUGGGCCCUGAGUGCCCGGAAACCAACAGCAACAUCAUUAGCAGCAGCAUCAUCAUCAUCAUAAUAACCCGCAAUAAUCACACACACACUCCACCUACUUACCUCUCACACUCUCACGCUCACCCACCGCACAUAGCACAACAACGACAAGGACAUGCACACAAACACGAAAAAGAAAAAAAAAACUUACCUUCUUCCACCCCAGCUCCCCAAAAAAAAAAUAACCUCCUUUGGCCAUAACUACUUGUUCUCACUCACAUAUCACAUUUUCUCGCUCUCGCUUUCUCUCACAAAAAAAAACUCCUUUUCCCCUAAUUUUGUUUCCCUUCCAAUCCAGCAGUGCUUUUUUGAUUGCUGAGCUUGCUCAGCAGAGGGAGGCUGCUUUAUCUCUUCACCUAACCCUCCUUAAACAUAACUUUUGGGAAAUAAUAUUAUCUUUUUUUUUUUUUCAAAUUGGG